AUGCUGCCUUUGCCUCAAGAUGCUGCGCGUCGCAAGCAAAGAGAUUCCUCUUUCCAGUGCUCCGUGGGAGAAGUGGAGCUGAAGGGAUUUCCCAACAGCAACGGGAGUGUGGAGGAGCCCCAGGGUGCCCAGGCGGGAGGGGCAUCCCCCCACCCAGAGGUGCCUGGGGACGCCCCCGAAAGGACACCCUGCAGAGCUCUGGGCGAGCGGCGCGAGCUCCAUCGGCGCUGCGCCCUGGUGCCGGCGGUGCUCGUGGCCCGGGUCGGGGCUCUGUGCGUGGCUGUUGCCGCAGUGUCAGCGGGAAAGCCUAAAGGGAACCCAGCUCUGGCAGCGGCUCCGGUGCUGGCCUGUCCUGACGGCUGGGCUGGGUACCAGAGGGUCUGCUACUGCCUCUCGACGGAGGAGGGGAGCUGGGAGCAGGGCCAGGAAAAGCGCUCCUCACUUGGGGCCUCGCUGGCUGUGCCCAAGAGGAGGUGGGAAUCAGAGUUUCUCCGGCGCCUCAAGGGUAAUGCUGAUUACUGGCUCGGGCUGCGGAGACGGGGCGAGCGGCUGGAGUGGGUGGAUGGCAGCAGCCUCAAUGAGACGUUCCCAGUGCGGGGCCAAGGAGAGUGUUCACCUGGACGCGGCCCUGUGCCCCCUGCUCUGGGUGUCCCUGCUCAAGCACGAGGGUUGGACAAGAUGAUCUCCAGAGGUCCCUUCCAACCCCACCAGUCUGUGAUUCUGUAAUUUUGUGAUUCUGAUUCUAUUUGAACGACCAUGAUCUCGGGAGUACCGACUGCUCACAGCUGUGCCCUUAUCUCUGCAGCAAGCCCCAAGCUGUGACGGGACAGAGGUGGUGGAGGAAGGACCUUGCCCAUGCUGGGGUCUCACUGAUGGACCUCUUCCACCAGCACAGGAUAGCUUAGGAAUGCUUUUACCUCAGCUGCUGCUGCAGGUUGCUCCUGGUGUCAGCAACAGCUCACUACCAGCUCUGGGGGAGAUGAACCUGUGGGAAGGGGAGACACUGUGGAAGCUGUGAUGUGGCUGCCUGGACUGGGUCCUUGGGCUGCCCGUUGAGAGGGUCAUGGAAUGUCCUGAGCUGGGAGGGACCCACAGGGACCAUCGAGCCCAGCUCCCGGCCCUGCCCGGGACACCCCAAAUUCACACCGUGUCUCUGAGGGCCUUGUUCAAGUGCUUCUGGAACAUCGCCAGGCUGGUGCCGUGAUGCCUCCCUGGGGAGCCUGUUCCAGGGCUCCACCAUCCCCUGGGGGAAGAGCCUUUCCCUAAACCCAGCCUAACCCCCCCCGGCACAUCUCCCUGCCAUUCCCUUGGAUCCUAUCGUUGGUCACCAGAGAGAAGAGAUCAGCGCUUGCCCCUCCUCCUCCCCUUGUGAGGAAGCAGCAGACCGCCAUGAGGGCUGCCCUCAGCCUCCUCUUCUCCAGGCUGAACAAACCCAGGGACUUCAGCCACUCCUUGUACGGGUUCCCCUCUAAACCCUUCACCAACUUCGUGGCCCUCCUCUGGACGCUCUCCAGUCGCUUUACACCCAUUAUAUUCACUAUAUCCUUUAUAGAUCAUUGACAUCCCACACCCUGCGGCGCCCAACACUGCCCACAGCACUCGAGGUGAGGCCGCCCCAGCGCGGAGUGUUUCAGAGUUGGGUGGGUUUUUUUUUAAAAGAAAAAAAACAACAACAAAAAAAGAAAACCCCAAAACAAACUAAAAUGAAAACCAUACGAAGGAAACAUAAGCAACCAAAAUCACAAGAAAAGAAAAAAAAAUCCUCUAACUUGACCACAAAAAAAACGCUCAAAGCCCACCAAAACCCCGCAAAAACCCCUACAAAACACUAAGAACACAAAAAAGACUUCCAAAAGACAAACCACCAACAAACCCACGACCCAGCCAAACCCCAGCUGCCUGCAGUGACGCAUGUGCUGGCGCUCACAGCUGUGCCCAGGGAGAUCCCUGCCUCGUAGCAGAGCCCUUAGCACAGCCACCGCUCAGGGAAACUUUGCUUAACUCAAUUCUGCAGUAUUUAAAACACCUUUUAUGCCGCCUGUACUCUUAUUUGCAAAUGUGUGUUACUUCCACAUAUUGAAGCAAACCAGCCUUCGUGGCUUUUACUGAUGCUGUAGCUCUAUCGACACAGCACCCGGGGUGCGGACGUUUCAGGUUUCCCAGCUUGGGGGCUCAUCAGUGCCCCCCAAAAAUUGUCUUGACCCACGUGGGAAACGCAUUUGCAAAGCCCGAAAUCUCUCGCAGAGCCAUAACGGUGAAGGCGGGGCCGGCUUCGCCCCAAAGAUUGGCGGCAAACACUUCACGGGCCGGGCGUUUCGGGGUGCGCAUGCGUCAGAGGCAUCGCAUUUCUCUCCAUCUCCUGCCACCGAUGGCGAGAGCUGGAAAGGGUCUUUCUGGCAAACCCACUUGUGUUGGUCAUCGCAGAUAUUGGCCUCCCACACCUCACCUUUCAGGGUCCAGCAGCCUUCAUCCAUCGCCUUCAGGGUGCUAAACAUGCAGAACAAAAGUUUUAUUGCCUGAGAGGAGCAAACUCUUCCAGGCU